GGUGGCGUUGCAUCAGUUUUAAGCGAGAAGAGCACACACUGUGCUACCCAAAACAUCAAAGGUCACUCAAAAAAGUUUGCUGCUUUCUGCAACUGGAAGCUUCUCACUUCUCCAAGCUAUGGAGGGCAACAAAGGCACAGUGUGUGUGACCGGUGGUACUGGCUUCAUAGCUUCAUGGCUCAUCAUGAGGCUCCUUGAACAUGGUUACUCUGUCCGGACCACUGUCAGACCCGACCCGGAUGGCAGAAGAGAUAUCAGCUUCUUGAAAAAUCUACCAGGCGCAUCAGAAAGGCUCCAAAUCAUCACCGCCGACCUUGGUGACCCCGAGAGUUUCGGCCCGGCCAUCGAAGGCUGUGUCGGAGUCUUCCACGUCGCCACCCCAGUGGACUUCGAGGACAGAGAGCCAGAGCCAGUCGUCACCAAAAGAUCCAUCGAUGGAGCGCUAGGCAUCCUGAGGGCCUGCCUGAACUCCAAGACCGUGAAGCGGGUCGUGUACACUUCGAGCGCGUCCGCAGUUCAACUCAACAACUCCGGGGCCGAUAUACUGGAUGAGGACUCCUGGAGCGAUGCCGAGUCCCUCCGAAAAACGACGAUGUUCGGAGCUUCGUACGCGAUCUCGAAGACGUUGACCGAGAAGGCGGUUCUUGAGUUCGGAGAGCAGCACGGACUGGAAGUGGUGACGGUGGUUCCCUCGAUUGUCCACGGGCCCUUCAUUUGCCCCAAGUUCGCCGGAUCCGUCCGAAUUUCACUGGCUUUGGUAUUAGGGAACGAGAAUGAGUACUGUCUUCUUCUCAAAGUAUCUCUCGUCCAUGUGGACGACGUGGCGAGAGCACACAUCUUCCUCUUCGAGCACCCCGACGCCAAGGGGCGAUACAUAUGUUCGUCGGCCAUGAUGACAAUCGAAGAGAUGUCCAAGUUUCUCUCCCAAAGAUACCCGGAAUUUCAGAUACCCUCACCUGAGUCCUUGAAGGAAGUGAAAGGCACCAGAUUCACCAGCCUUUCGUCGAGGAAGCUGUUGGACGCCGGAUUCGAGUAUAAGUAUGGGAUCGAGGACAUGUUUGACGGAGCCAUCCAAUGCUGCAAAGAAAAGGGGUAUCUCUAGAUCAAUUGAAGCUGUUCCAUGCAUAUGACAGAAUUCGGUACAUCAGGCCGAACGUUGUAAUGUUCAAAGUACUAAAACUAAGCAAAAUGCAGAAAGAACAGAUAAACAUGUUGAGAAAAUGCGUACCGUGUAUCUAGCACGGCUAGUGAAAACUGAUUUCUCCGAGGGCCAUGUACGAGAUAUUAAACCGCAUGAAUAAUCUUGGUACUGUAUGUUUCUGUUCUUUUGUAUUUGGUAUUGCAGUAUUGAGAACAUAAGCACUUUAUAGCAUAGAUCGCCAUAUAUGCGCGUUUGGGUUUCUGAAGCUUAAUGCGCCAUCUGUAUUGCCAUGUACUCUCAGACUGGAUUAUAGAAUGAGAUGACGAACUGUAAGUGGGUCACUUAUAAUAAUAAAAAUUAAUAUUCGCAA